AUGGCGAGCAGCUCUCCAACUUCGUCUUACGGCGAUGUCGAAAAGGACAAUGGGUGGGAAAAGUCUGGUGGCACGCAUGAAGAUCAACGAGUCACUCAACACGAAGAAGACAUCAUUGAAUCGCUAGAGCCACCUUUCACCGAGAACGAAGACUUGAGCGCCACUGGCAAAGAUGGCGCUACCCUAGAAAAAGUCGCCUCGGCCAAGCCCUCAAUCAACAACAUCAAAAGUGUACCCAAUGGCGGUCUGAAAGCUUGGCUACAAGUUCUUGGUUCCUUCUUCGUAUAUUGGAAUGCUUGGGGCAUCAUCAAUACUUUUGGAGUAUACCAGACAUACUACGAAACGUCUCUCCUCUCCUCCUCCUCACCCUCAGAUAUCUCCUGGAUCGGCUCCGUCCAAGCGACCCUCCUCAUGCUCACCGGAACCCUCGCCGGUCCACUCUACGACGCCGGAUACGUCCGUACGCUCCUUCUCGGCGGCUCCCUACUCGCAGUAUUUGGCCAGAUGAUGCUAAGUCUUUGCACCAGCUACUGGCAAGUCUUCCUUGCACAGGCUGUGUGUAUCGGGAUUGGAGCGGGCGCUAUUUUCGUCCCGGGGGUUGCGAUCUUGAGUACGUAUUUCAAUACUAAAAUCGCUACGGCGACUGGAUUAGCGGCGGCGGGUAGUAGUCUAGGCGGGACGAUUUAUCCGAUUGUGUUCUACAAGUUGCAGCCGACAAUCGGUUUCCCGUGGGCUACGAGGGUGAUUGGGUUCAUCAUGCUUGCGACACUCAUCAUUUCGAACUCGGUACUCAAGGUCCGAGUACUGCCUGCUGGACGGAGGAAGUUCCUGGAUCUAAGCGCUUUUCAGGAAUGGCCAUAUAUCUUCUUCGUGGCUGGCAAUGUCUGUUGCUUCCUCGGACUGUAUGAGCCUUUCUUCUAUAUCCAAUCCUACGCCAUACAGAACAACAUAGCGAACCCCAAUAUCGCAUUCUACUUACUAUCGAUCAUCAAUGCUGCAAGCACAUUCGGACGCAUCAUUCCUGGAUAUACGGCUGAUCGUGUUGGUCCGCUCAACAUGAUCUUCCCUUGCACUCUAUUGGCAGGAAUACUAUGCCUAUGUCUAGCUGCCGCAUACUCGCUCGGCCCUGUCAUCGCCAUAUUGGUCUUAUACGGAUUCUGCAGCGGCACAUUGGUCAGCUUGCCACCUACGAUCUUCGUACAGCUUACGAAGAAUCGAGCUGUUAUAGGGACAAGAAUGGGUAUGGGGUUCGCGAUUACAUCGAUGGGUAUGCUGGCUGGGACACCGAUCAGUGGAGCGAUCUUGGGUGCGAGCAGUUUCACUUAUGUCUGGGUGUUUGGCGGUAUUUGUACAGUGAUGGGCGCGCUUUUACUUUGCUGCUGUAGAGUGGCGAAAGGUGGAUUCGGGGUUAUGAAGAAGGUGUAG